UUCGUUUGAUGUGAAAAUACUAUUUUUGAAAUUAUACUCAACAGUUAACAGACAGCGGCCUGUUGCGCUUCCUCACAACAGUGCGCUUAACAGCACAGCGCUGUGUGCCGUGGUGUGGUUUUUGUUUACCUUCCCCACAGUUCAUUGCAAAUUGCCGCAAAAACAAGUGAAAAUAAUUUGAUCGCCGACAAACUCCAGUCCCUGAUGGCUGAUAAGUAGCGGCUAAGAACCCCAUAAACACGCCGAUAAGAUCCAGAUAAGCAGCUCGUUCCAAUUAUCAAUAUAAAACCGGCGCUGGAGCAUUCCAACUUCUGGUGGCAACGAGGCCCGACUGGUGCUCCCCAACAAUAACUGUAAAAGCGCGCAAAGUGAAAAAAUGCCCGAAUACGUGCCGGCAAAGGGAUUCAAGGAGAUGGAGAAUCUCCUGAAGAUACACGACAAGAAAAGGGUGCCCAUCUACAUCUACUUCUACGGCGAGAAGGACAAGCAUGGACGCAGCUGGUGUAUCGACUGUGUGGAGGCCGAGGAGACCAUCAUGGCCGCCUUUCGCAACAAUGCGCCCGCGGAUAGCCUCAUCCUAGUGGUGGAUGUUGGCAAUCGUGAGUUUUGGAUGGACAAGGAGAACAGCUUCCGCAGUCCGCCAUAUUCCGUGGAUGGUAUUCCAGCCUUGCUCCAUUGGAAGGGCGUGGAGCGACUGGAUGGCGAUCAGCUGCGGAAGCCGAACUUGCUGGAGCUAUUCUUCGAGGAGACAAGCACUCAGAAGAGCACCGCCACGACGGCUCAGUGAAGUCUGCAAACGCUGGAGGGGGGCCAAACACAACCGAGUGAAAAGAGAGUGAAGAGAGUGAGCGGAAAAGGAAAAGAGGCGGCAGCAGCGGCAGCGACGUCGGCGCCGGCACAUUCGUGGUUUGAAAAGCAUACGGUGGUCUCGUCGCCAAAAAGUGUUCGGUUAACUGAAAGCGUACUAAGUUCGAGUGCAACGGCAGCAGGGUGUGUUGAUUAACCCGU